AUGAUUUCCAACAAGCAACAGGGGAAGAGAAAGCUGCGCUUUCUGGAGAAGGAGGAUGAGGAAACCAUUUUUGUACCCUCAAAGGUUCCAUGUGAUGAUGAAGAUGAUCCACUUCUGGCACAAACUGUUCAGUCCAUUUCAUCUACUACUAUUACAUCUGACAUCAUCAAGCAAGAGACUGAUGCUGAUCCUGAACUCUCUGCUCUUAAGGCAAAUCUACUUACCGGCACGGUACAGAACCCAGAAUUUUGCCUUCAGCAUGGAAUUCUUUUCCAGAGGGUGAGAGUGGUUAUUCCAAAGAAGCUCCAGCCUCGGGUACUACAGGAUCUUCAUGACACUCACACAGGGGUUGUAGAGAUGAAGGCAUUGGCCCGCAGACACUGCUAUUGGAAAAAUAUUGACAAAGACAUCGAGGCAGCAGUGAAAAGCUGCAGGAGCUGUUGCGAAUUCAAAGCAGAUCCAAAGGAGGCACCUCUACAUGUGUGGGAUAUACCAGAGUCCAAUUGGCAAUGUGUCCACAUGGACUAUGCAGGCCCAUACAAAGGUAACUAUUACCUCAUCCUAGUUGAUGCCAAGUCAAAGUGGCCUGAAAUUGCAGUGACAGCUACUCCACCAACCACAAAUUCAACCAUUAGGAUGUUAAGGGAAAUAUUCUCCCACAAUGGACUUCCAGAGAUCCUGGUAAGUGACAAUGCCACACUUUUCACUGCCAAUGACUUUCAAGCAUUUUGCAAACGAAAUGGAAUACAACAAAGAUUUAUUGCCCCAGACCACCCAGCAACAAAUGGAUUGGCUGAAUGCUACGUCCAGACUUUCAAGAAGAAACUUAAGACAAUGACAUCUGACGAAGGCACUCAUCAUGAGAAGUUCCAUGCAGCUCUGUUCAGACUGCGUGUUACACCAUUGGAGUCAGGAAAAACACCAGCAGAACUCUUCAUGGGUCGUCCACUACAAACACAUCUAGACAAACCCACUAUCCCUGACAUCAACCUAGCAGUCCAACCACCACCUGAACUAGUCUGUCAUUUGCCCUUAGGAGCCAGGGUGCGGGCUUGUAACUACACCACAUCAGGCAAGUGGCGGUACAGAACCAUUGUAGAAUGUCUUGGUAGGCUCCACUACCUUGUAGAACUGGAUGAAGGAUACACAAUCAAGAGACACAUCGAUCAACUUCAACUAUGUGAAAUUCCUCUCACCAAGAAUGCACUUGACCAGUCUUCUCCAAUUGUUACCUUGAAGAUACCUGACUUCAGACCAAGACAACAAUUGUACAGCAACCAACAAGAUGUUCCAGUGUCUGGUCAAGAAUAUCACCAACCAACUGACAUGAACACGGAUUUGACACAACAUGCCUUGCAACCACCUCAAAAUGCAGACAUGCAACAGAGAGCACCCAUGUCAACAACUGGAGUUGUUGAGCAACAGGUUGAUCCCAGUUCCAGAGCCCAGGACCAGCCUAGGCGUUCCAACCAAGAGCGAAGACCAGUCAAUAAAUUGAAUUUGUAA